CAAGGUUUUCAAGAGUACGUAGAGAAGAGGUGCCCGGGCGCUGCUGUACCCGUGGAUCUGCUGAAACUCUCCCGCACGGUGGCCCGCCAGCACCCUCAGCACCCUCAGCACCCGUCCCCGGCUCCCCCGCCUCCAGCCCGGGUGCUGAUCGACGCGGACUCCGGCUUGCAGCGGCUCUACGGCGGCUACCAGACGGACUGGGCCUGCGGCGGGCAGUGGAACGCCAUGCUGGGCUACCUGGCCGCGCUGUCGCAGGCUUGCCUGUAUCAGGGGGGGCUGGAGCUUGCGGUGGUUUUCAACGGGACCCUCGGGAAAGACCGGUGGCCGGAAUGGGCGAAGCGGGCGCAGGGAGAGCGGCAGACCGCCCAGCUCAUCGUCAACCACGUCGCUAACAAAGAGACCCCGCCGCCCAGAGCCUGGUUCCUACCGCCGGCCUGCCUGAGCCACUGCAUCCGACUGGCCAUGAUCCGCUUUCGGGUCCGGGUGGUGCAGACUCUGGAGGAUCACCACCAGGAGGCACUGUCUCUCUACAGGGACGGCGGUUUCCAGGGGCUUAUCGCUCACGACUCGGAGUUCGCUCUGUGCAGCGUCCCGGCUUACUUCAGCUCUCACGCGCUCAAGCUGAGCUGGAACGGCAAGAAUCUGACGACCAACCAGUACCUGCUGCCUGAGGUGGCCAAGCAGCUGGGCCUGAGACCCGGGCACCUGCCUGCCUUCGCUGCCCUGCUGGGGAACCACAUUCUCCCAGAUGAAGACCUCGCUGCGUUCCACUGGAGUCUGCUGGGACCCGACCACCCCCUGGCAUCGCUCAAGGUUCACGCUCACCAGCUGGUCCUGCCUCCCUGUGAGGUGGUCAUCAAGGCUGUCUCGGAGUACGUCUCCUCCAUCAAAGACCUGUCCAACCUGGACGCAGUGGGGAGGGACGUCUUCAAGCAGUCCCAGUCCAGGACAGAAGACAAGGUCCAGCGUUUCAAGAAAGCUGUGGAGUAUUUCUCGUCCGCCAGCAAACCCAGACCCCUGUCCAUGGGACCCUCUCCCUACCUGUUUCCAGGAUUUGGGCAGGGUAAUUUCGGAGGUCCUCCCAGCCACAUGGGGGCGAUGCAGCCCAACAGACCCCUGUUCCCUCCUCCUCAGGUGACGGGCGGGAAGCUGGCCUAUCAGAGCGGCUCGUUCCCGGGGGGCCCGCCCCCCCCGCUGCUCUUCCCUCCCCACCCCCUGCAGGAAUGCAGCGACGGGCUGAAGCCCCCCUUCUCAGACUGGGCCGCCCCCUACGACAGCGCCACGGCAACUGGAACCCUGGGACACAGGCAGCCCAAUCACCACGCAGGCCCCACCCCCGGCCCCGCCUCAUCACCGUCCUCGUCUUCUGAGGGGGAGGAGCCUAAUGGAGCCAGUGCAAACCAUGUUCCAGACAGGUCCAGCUCGAAGGGGGGCCCCCACCCUCCUAGGACCCUCCAGGGGUCCCCGUGGCUCGCUCUCCACCAGGAGAAAACACGAGGUCACCAAGACGCGUUACGUGUACCUGUAGUGGUCUUUGGGUUCAUGGCGACGGGCACGCAAUGGACAUCGCCGACCACGACAUGCCCCGGUUGGUGUCCUGGGCGUGCCCACCGGGUUAUGGAUCACUACCCCCACAUCUACCACGUGCUGACCAAGGGCGAGCUGAAGAUCCCUGUUUGCAUCGAGGACGAGUGCACCCCCGAGCUGCCCCCCGCGGCCCUCCUCUUCCGCUCCGCGCGCCAGCUUGUGUAUGGAGUCCUCUUCAGCCUGGCUGAGACCCAGAGGAGAGGAGAGAGACUGAGUCUGAGGAGGAGGCUGCCAGUGCAGGUGCCGCCGGUCAUCAUUAAGGAGUGGUCCUCGAACAAGGCCCGGUCUGCUCUGACCCCUGAGCUGGUCCCGGCGCUGACCUUCCGCGAGUGGACCUGUCCGAACCUCAGGAAGCUGUGGCUGGGCCGGGCCGUGGAGGACAAGAACCGCAGGAUGAGAGCCUUCCUCGCCUGCCUCAAGUCAGACAGCCCCGGCAUGCUGAACCCAGCCAGCAUCCCCACGCACCUGCUACUGCUGUGCUGCGUGCUGAGGUACAUGCUGCAGUGGCCUGGGGGCAGGGUUCUGCAGAGGCACGAGCUCGAUGCUUUCCUGGCGCAGGCCGUGUCCAGCCAGCUGUACGACCCAGAUCAGCUGCAGGAGCUCAAGAUUGAGAAGCUGGACUCACGAGGGGUGCAGCUGGCUGCCCUGUUCAUGAGCGGGGUCGACACGGCCCUGUUUGUGAACGAUGCCUGUGGGCAGCCUGUCCCCUGGGAGCACUGCUGCCCCUGGAUCUACUUCGACGGGAAACUCUUCCAAAGCAAGCUGGGCAAGGCAGCCCGGGAGAGGGGAACCCUGCUGGAGCUCUGCGAGGGGCAGGUGGAUCAGGCUGCCAAGGUUGAGAAGAUGAGGCAGGCCAUCCUGGAGGGGAUCAACAUACUUGGGCGGUCGGGGGGGGAGGGGGGGGUGACGGAGGGGGACGGAAAAGGAAUCCAGGCUAUCCCCCCCCAGGGAGGGAAGCUGGAGAUUGCCGGCAUGGUUGUAGGUCAAUGGGCCGGGAAUAAACCAUUCCGUGGACGGGGGGGAUUCAACAUGCAGGUGGUGUCAGUGGGAGGAGGCGGAAGAGGCAGGGGCAGAGAACAGCCGGGUAAACAGAGAGAAGGCAAGAAGCAGACCACAGGACGAGUGCAGCUUUCUCCAGGCCCCGCCUCCAACGGAACCCCCAAGCUGGCGGAAGGUUCCAAGGGGAGGGGCAGCAGUGCUGGGGGAGGAGUUCAGCAGCUGAAUGGCAGUGCAGGGCUGGUGGUGAUGGUAGCAACGCCCCCUGGUGGACAGGAGGAGGAAGUGCAGCCCGCCCAGACGCACAGCAACAGCGGCAGCGAUGACGACAACAGUGCCUUCGCUCUCAGAGACAGUGACGCAGCAGGGGGAGGGGCCAGCAACGACAGCAGUGACACCGCCUGUUGUCACGACGACCGGCUGGGAGGGGCCACGUCUGCCUUCCAGAAAGAGGAGUAACUUUAAGAAAAACAAAAAAAUCAUAACCAGUGAAAUUGUAAUUGCACAGUUUGGCCAGGACUAAAGCAGGGGCAGUAAAGAAUUAUAUUAUAGU